AUGGAUGGAAACACAGUGCUGCUCCGCUGGGAGGAACAGUAUUUCUCUCUUUGCGAGAUUACUUCAAAAUGGCGUGAAGUUCACCUUAGUUUUCUUCAAGACAAUGCGCCGUAUGAUCGAAUUCUCUCUCAGCAUGAAAAUUUGAAGGCGUAUCGGGAGAAGGUGCGCAACCUGACUAAAGUCUUUUCACAACUCAAUAAUGAAGAAAAGCUUAAUGAAUUUGUGGCGCUUCUUAAAGAAUAUCAGAGCUAUAUCGAUAAAUUGACAUCGUAUCUAAAAAAUACGGAGCGGUCCUACAUUGAGUUGUUCAACAGGGUAAAAGAUAUAACGGAUCCAUAUCCAUUCAUGGAGAAGUUUUGCGGAGAGAUGGAGAGAAUGUUGAAGGAUGUUGAAAGGAUGCAUGCGUAUAAAGCAUUGGAAGAAGAGGUUCAUUUACUUCAGACGGAAAUGGUAGGUCUCCGGGGUCAGGAAGUUACCAAGGGCAGUCUACGAGGGCAAUUUGCGGAGUUUGAGAGGAAUGCCAUACGGCAUGCGGAACAGAGCGCAAAGGAUGUGACGGCUGAGUAUCAGACACUUCUAUCGCAGUCACUGCAGUGGAAGUAUGAGCUGCAGAAGGAGGUUCAAUCUAUUCAGUAUGAGAUCCAUAAGAGAGACAAGAUAAUAAAGGAUUUAAAAAAUCACGUGGUGGAGUUGUGUACUUCUGUGGAAGAGGUGGAAGCACAACAAGGCCGUGACAUGGCACGGUUUACAAUGGAAUUGGAGGCCUCUCAAAGCAACCUGCUGAAGAAGGAGGCCGAGCUGCAACGACUCUUGGCGUGUCGAGAUCAUGAUUCGCAUGCAAACUGCACAGAGUGUGUCCCCAUUGCUGCUCUGGAUGCCUCAUCACAAGUAUUUGUAGAUUGUAAAGGCGUCAAUGCGAAUUCUAAUCCCAAUGAGGGAAAAAAGAUUCCAUUCUCUCAGAAGGACGCUGAGCAUGACGCGGCAAUGUGGGAAGAAGAGAAACUGGAAAUGAAACAACAGGAGGAGGCAUUACGGAAGGAGUUGUUUGAACUCCGCCUCAAAUAUGACGAAAUAUACACAGUAAAUGAUAAUCAACGGCGACAAAAGGAAGAAAGCCCUCAACUAAAAAUGGUGCGUACAGGAGAACUUCAACAUCGAAUCGCGUCACUUAACGUCUAUGUGGAUCAACUGAAUGCUGAGAAGGAACAACUCGCCAGGGCUGUCCAGUCACUUGAGAGAGUACUAAGCAAUUAUCCCACCAACAGCUCCCUUAGUAUUUUAAACGAUAAAGCGUCUUCACAGAGGGGUGAAAUGGCUUCAACAGAAGUGUCACUUACAAAGGGGGGUGAACGAAAAGAAUUGGAAUUACCGGAAAAGGAUGGCUAUAGUUUUGAGAGGCUUCUUGCUUCCGGCGCUAUGUGGCAAGGUGGAGUUAACGCAUUGGACGAGGAGAAUGGGGAGCAGAAUAAUGCGGUGUCAGCUUCACAACAUUCUCUUCCACAAGAGGCCAAGAAGGACCCUUUUCUGAUUGUGACAUUUCAGCGUGAUAAAUUACGUGAACGACUCUUGACUCUAAAUGAAGUGACGUCGCCACAGCUCCAAAGCUUGGAGUCAGAGGUGGUAAAUCUUUUUAGUGAAAAAUUUGCGCUCCGUCAGCGCAUGGCAGGCUAUGCGGGUGGUAAUGCCCAUCCUGGGAAUGACUGUGCGUCUAUUUAUGGCUUUCCAAUGCUGGGAAGCAUGGAGAAGGAUGAUGGGCUUCAGCCAAAAGUGGGGAUUCCGUGGCUUGUGGACCCUGUGGCCGGUGUUCUUUCGUGUCGCACGGUAUUAAACGUGCUGGACUACGGCGCUGGUGCAUUUUCUCUGCAUGUGUUUUCCACAACUUUUGGGAGGCGGUUGCUUGUCAUGUACAUGGCCGUUUUGCACGUGUACCUUGUAUAUUUAUUCUUCCUGUGA